AAUACAUCUGAGGCAAUUCCUGAAUAUGUCAAUUUAGAAGAAAAAGAUACUUGCACAGCAAAUACUAAAAAUAAGAUCGUUGAAGUUAAAAAUUUAAUGAAUAUAGAUAAUGAUGAAAACUUUGACACUACCACUAUAAUACCUGAUAAUUAUGAAAACUUUGACACUACCACCA